AUGGUUCAAUUGUCCAAGCUCCUCGCUGUCGCGGCUGCUUGCCUGGCUACACCUGCUGUCGCCCACCCUGGCGAAAAGCACGAUCCCCAUGUCCUGAAGCGUGAUAUACACGCCCGUGAUUUUGCGGCUGAAGCUGCGAAGCGCUCUCUGGGCGGAUGUGCGAACAGCUUGCAUGCACGUCAAUUGGCUAAGCGCAACAUCGCGCGUCGUGCCGAGAAAGUCAAGGCUCUUCGCAAGCAGCGUGGUGUCACUGCCAACCCCCAGAAAUGGCGCCGUGAUUUGGCUGCUCUCGAGAAAUGGGAAGCAAUCAACCACAACAAGACCGACAUUCUCAACUAUAGCGCUGCCACUCCCGAGUCGGUCGUGUUUAGCGCAAACACCAGUUGCAUUUUGACACCAACCGUCACUGACGGUCCCUACUAUGUUUGGGGCGAGGUCAUUCGCGAGAAUGUGAAGGAGGAGUUGUACUCGGAUGGUGUCGACGUUGCUCUGGAGGUGCAGUACAUUGACAUCAACACCUGCCGGCCCGUUCCCGGUGCUCUGGUUGAUAUCUGGCAAGCCAACGCCACUGGUGUCUACAGUGGAAUCUCAGAAUCCGGAAAUUAUGCCAGCGACGGCUGGGACAGCACCUACCUGAGAGGUAUUCAGCAAACCAACCAGGACGGUGUUGUGAACUUUGACACAAUUUUCCCGGGCCACUACGAGGACCGUGCCACCCACACACAUCUGUUAACUCACCUGAAUGCAACCGUCUUCCCCAACAAGACUCUUGAGGUCGGCACCGGUAGCGUAGCUCACAUCGGACAACUUUUCUGGAAUGAGGUUCUCCGAUCCGCAGUGGAGGCUACAUACCCUUACAGCACCAACAUACAAGCCGUUACAUCAAAUGCCGAGGAUAUGUGGUCCAUCGAGCAGGCGGACAGCUCCUACGAUCCGUUCCCUGAGUUUGUCUACCUGGGCGAGGAUAUCGAUGACGGUCUCUUCGCGUGGAUCCAAAUUGGUAUCAACGCUACUGCCGACUACACGGACCACUCCUAUUACAGCAUUGCGGCCUAUCACGAUGCCGACGGCGGCCACGAGAACUCAGACAGCACUUUUGCAGGCGGAUCAUCGGGCGGAAGUGCCCCUAGUGGAACAAACGGCACGUCGUCUUCUGGCAGUGCCUCUGCCACACCAUCUGCUUAG